CCCUCUCUAUAGACAUCAUCAACCGGCGAAUCCAGUCGCCGCCGUCGUUAAAUUCCGUCGUCUAAUCCUACACCUCUCGCGCACUUUAGUGUCCUUUGAUACAUACACAAAGCUUCUCUUAUACUUUCUUUUUUGUCUUCUGUGUCAAGAAAUCAUUCGUCGUCGGCGAGUGUUUCUCCUCCGAGAAGGUCUUUUCUCCGACGCCUUCCCGAUUGCUAACGUGCGCGGUCUUUUGUCGUCUUCUUUUCUGUCCCUAUACAGACGCACAUAAUAUAUAUAUAUAUAUGUAUGUAUAGAUGUACAUAUGUCUGUGGGGCCUUACUUCUAACGGUGAGUCUUCUCAAUGAAUUUUAAUACCGUUUAGGAGUCAGUCACUCUCGUAAUCGUUAAAUUGUGUUUUCUGGUUGGAAUUCAUGACCUAAUAUACUGUUUUUCGUUCUUGAUUUAGGAAUACCUGUCCUCUUCUAGGUUUUUGAUGCUAUAUGCACGUAGAGUAUCCGAUCCAUUGUUUGCACUGCCAACCGAUUGGAUUUAGUUGUUUUUGGAUUUCGUUUUGUCUUGAUGUCCAUUCAGGUUAGGUUUUGAUUCUUUUGUUUCCUUUUAGGCAUUUCACUUGAAAAUUGAAGCUUCUCUGAUUAAAAUUUAUUGGAUGUUUGAGUGUCAGUUGAGAUAUAGAAUUGAAGUUUGAGUUUGUUUUUAUUGGUUGACGAUUGAUAAUAGACUAUAUUUAUUUUGCGUGUUUGAUUGUGUUAAGAGGAUUAUGAAAGAAGGCGGGAAAUUUAUAUGAAGCACUGGACACGGAGUUACUGAGGUUUUAGGUGACAGGGAGAAUGGCCUUUUUUAGAAACUACACAAAUGGAACAGUCUCAGAGGAUGUUUUAAAUGACAAGAGCCAACAUGGAAGCAUUGAUAGAGCUGACAACAAUGUAGGCAAUGAUGACUUGGAUGCAACUUCAAGUUUGGAUAAAGAGUUUGAAACAAAGAUGGAGGAUCAACAGUAUGGGAGUGAUGGUGAACCAUAUGCUGUGAGUAGGUUGCAAGACGAUCCGGCAGCAGGGGAUGAUGGUGGUUUAUCAAAUUUACAAGCUUCUACUACGAAAAAGGCAGCUGGGAGAUGGGGCUCAACUUUUUGGAAGGACUGUCAACCCAUGCAUCAAAAACGUGGGUCUGAGUCCAUGCAGGAAUCAAAGAGCAGUUCUGGGUAUAAAAAUGAAGAAGGGUCUGAAAAUGACUUGUCAGAAGUGGACAAAGCACAUAAAGGUCAAAAUGUGGAUGAGAUGCUGUCUGAUGAUUACUACGAGCAGGAGGAAGAUGAUCAAGCUUCUACUAACAACUUCAUGCCUGAGAAGAAGUCAAAAGCUUCAUAUGGUGGUGAAUAUGAAGACGAUGAUGCCUAUUUCGAGGAUGAGGAAGAUGAUGUAGAUGAAGAUGACCCUGAUGAUGUAGAUUUUGAUCCAGACUUGGGCACUACAACUGUUGGAAGAGGGAACAAGGAACACGAUGAAGACUGGGAAGGUGGAGACUUAGAUGAAGUUGAUAACUCUGAUGAUGAUGAAUUAGACAUAUCGGAUGGUGAUGAUGAUGAUUUUUAUAAGAAACCAAGGGGCAUGCAAAGGCGGAAGGGUGGGCGUAGUAGUGUAAAGUCUAGUAGUGAACCUAAACUAUCUACAUUUUCCAAUCGGAGGAAAAGAGGUAGAACAUCAUUCGAGGAGGAAUACUCAUCAGCAAAUGAUUCAGAGGAUGAUGACGAAGAGGGCUUCAAAAGUACAGGAAGGAGAAGCGGACAUAUCCGAAAAAAAGCUGGUGGUCGAUCUAUUCCUACAAAAGGUCCUGGAAGCAACAAUGAAGUUCGAACUUCAACUCGAUCUGUGCGCAAAGUAUCGUAUGCUGAAAGUGAAGAAAGUGAAGAACAUGAUGAAGAUAUUAAGAGAAAGAGGCAAAAGGAGGAAACUGAGGAGGAAGAUGGUGACUCUAUUGAGAAGGUGCUCUGGUAUCAGCCAAAGGGAAUGGCUGAAGAAGCUGUACGGAACAACAAAUCAACAGAGCCUCUAUUGUUGAGUCAUUUAUUCCACUCAGAACCAGAUUGGAAUGAGACUGAAUUUUUUAUCAAAUGGAAAGGCCAGUCACAUUUACAUUGUCAAUGGAAAUCAUUUUCUGAGUUGCAAACAUUGAGUGGCUUUAAGAAGGUUCUGAAUUACACCAAAAAAGUGAUGGAGGAUAUCAAGUACAGAAGAACAGUCUCUCGUGAGGAGAUUGAGGUCAUUGAUGUGAGUAAGGAGAUGGAUUUGGAUCUUAUCAAGCAGAAUUGUCAGGUUGAGAGGAUAAUUGCAGAUAGAAUCAGCAAAGACGGUUCGGGAAUACCAGAGUAUUUGGUUAAAUGGCAAGGACUCUCCUAUGCUGAAGCAACAUGGGAGAAGUUUGUUGAUAUUGCUUUUGCCCAGGCAGCGAUUGAUGAAUAUAAGGCUCGUGAAGUUGCCCUGACAGCUGUACAGGUUAAAUUGGUAGACUUCCAGCGAAGGAAGAGUAAAGCAAGUUUGAGAAAGCUCGAGGAACAGCCUGAGUGGUUAAAAGGCGGUAAACUUAGAGAUUAUCAGCUUGAGGGCCUAAAUUUUCUUGUUAACAGUUGGAGAAAUGAUACAAAUGUUAUACUAGCUGAUGAAAUGGGCCUUGGGAAGACUGUUCAGUCAGUGUCUAUGCUUGGUUUUCUGCAGAAUGCUCAACAAAUUCAUGGCCCAUUUCUUGUUGUUGUGCCUCUAUCAACUUUGUCAAAUUGGGCUAAGGAAUUCAGGAAGUGGCUUCCUGAGAUGAACGUGAUCAUAUAUGUUGGAACUCGUGCAAGCCGAGAGGUUUGUCAGCAGUAUGAAUUUUUCUCUGAUAAGAAGACUGGCAAGGGUACAAAAUUUGAUGCUCUGUUGACUACAUAUGAAGUUUUAUUGAAGGAUAAGACUGUGCUUUCAAAAAUUAAGUGGAACUAUCUUAUGGUUGAUGAAGCACAUAGAUUAAAGAACAGUGAAGCUUCAUUGUAUACAACACUUAAGGAAUUCAGCACCAAAAACAAGCUUCUUAUUACUGGAACUCCCCUGCAGAACAGCGUGGAAGAACUAUGGGCCUUGCUUCACUUUCUUGAUUCGGAUAAGUUCAAGAGCAAGGAUGAGUUUGUUCAGAAUUACAAGAACCUUGGCUCGUUUAACGAAAUUGAGCUUGCUAAUCUUCAUAUGGAGUUGAGGCCACACAUUCUCAGAAGAGUCAUUAAGGAUGUGGAGAAGUCUUUGCCCCCAAAGAUUGAACGAGUUCUCAGGGUUGAGAUGUCUCCUCUACAGAAACAGUAUUACAAGUGGAUUUUGGAACGCAACUUUCACGACUUGAACAAAGGUGUACGUGGAAAUCAGGUUUCCCUUUUGAACAUUGUGGUUGAGUUGAAGAAAUGUUGCAAUCAUCCAUUCCUCUUUGAGAGUGCAGACCAUGGUUAUGGUGGAGACUCUAGUACUACAGGCAGCAGUAAACUGGAAAGGAUCAUUCUUAGCAGUGGAAAGCUUGUUAUCCUUGACAAGCUUCUUGACAGAUUGCAUGAGACGAAACACCGGGUUUUAAUAUUUUCACAGAUGGUCAGGAUGUUGGACAUCCUGGCAGAAUACUUGUCAUUCAAAGGGUUCAAGUAUCAGAGGCUUGAUGGGAGUACAAAAGCUGAGGUGCGCCACCAGGCUAUGGACCAUUUCAAUGCACCUGGUAGUGAUGAUUUCUGUUUCCUUCUUUCCACUCGUGCUGGUGGUUUAGGUAUCAAUCUUGCUACAGCAGAUACUGUCAUCAUAUUUGAUUCAGACUGGAAUCCUCAAAAUGAUCUGCAGGCAAUGAGCAGAGCUCAUCGGAUUGGUCAACAAGAAGUUGUUAAUAUUUAUAGAUUCGUGACAAGCAAAAGUGUUGAGGAAGACAUCUUGGAACGUGCUAAAAAGAAAAUGGUACUUGACCAUUUGGUCAUUCAGAAGCUAAAUGCUGAGGGAAGACUGGAGAAGAAAGAAGCUAAAAAAGCUAGUACAUUUGACAAGAAUGAGCUAUCAGCUAUUUUGAGGUUUGGAGCAGAGGAAUUGUUUAAAGAAGAGAAAAAUGAUGAAGAAAACAAAAAGAGGCUUUUAAGCAUGGACAUUGAUGAAAUUCUUGAAAGAGCAGAGAAGGUCGAACAGAAGGGACCCGAGGAAGAACAAGGGCAUGAAUUACUGAGUGCAUUUAAGGUUGCUAAUUUUUGCUCUGCUGAAGAUGAUGGAAGUUUUUGGAGUCGAUGGAUAAAACCUGAUGCAGUUUCGCAGGCUGAGGAAGCUUUAGCCCCUCGAGCUGCAAGAAGCAGCAAGAGUUAUGCUGAGGCCAUCCCAUCUGAAAGGGUCAACAUGAGGAAAAAGAAGGGUGUUGAAUCUCAGGACAGAGCCAUAAAGCGCCGAAAUGCUGACUAUUCUGGUUAUUUGCCCCCACCACUUGAGGGAGCUUCUGCACAAGUAAGAGGGUGGUCAUAUGGGAGCUUGCCUAAGAGAGAUGCUACUCGUUUUUUCCGUGCGGUCAAGAAGUUUGGUAAUGAUAGCCAAAUUAGCUUAAUUGCAGCUGAAGUGGGUGGGUCUGUUGAAGCUGCUCCUGUAGAAGCUCAAAUUGAGCUCUUUGAUUCAUUGAUAGAGGGUUGCAGAGAAGCUGUUAAUGUAGGAAGCCUAGACCCAAAGGGACCUCUGUUGGAUUUUUUUGGUGUUCCAGUGAAGGCUGAUGAUCUGUUAAGCCGUGUUGAAGAACUUCAGCUUCUGUCGAAGCGCAUUAGCCGCUACAAUGAUCCAAUCUCACAGUUUCAGGCUUUGAUGUACCUUAAACCUGCAACUUGGUCUAAAGGUUGUGGGUGGAACCAGAAGGAUGAUGCAAGAUUGCUAUUGGGGAUUCACUAUCAUGGAUUUGGAAACUGGGAAAAGAUUAGAUUAGAUGAAAAACUUGGCCUUUUGAAAAAGAUUGCUCCGGUGGAACUUCAGCAUCAUGAAACUUUCCUACCACGAGCUCCGCAGUUAAAAGAAAGAGCUUCUCAACUUCUUGAAAUGGAACUUGUUGCUGUUGGUGGGAAGAUUUCAGGGGCCAAAGGUGGUCGAAAGGGUUCUAAAAAGCAGAAAGACCAUCUUCUUCCCAACAUCCCAGUUGCUCAAAACAAAGGCGGCAGACAAUGGAAAGGGGGAUCUCCCGACCUCCUAAAAGUCCCAAGGAGUAGGUUGAAGUCAACACGUGCCCAGAAGAAGAACGAACCUUUGGUUAAAGAGGAAGGCGAGAUGUCAGAUACGGAAGAAGUGUAUGAACAGUUCAAGGAAGUGAAAUGGAUGGAAUGGUGUGAAGAUGUCCUGAUUGAGGAAAGAAAGACACUCGAGCGUCUUCACAGGUUGCAAACUACUAGUGCUGAUCUUCCUAAAGAAAAGGUGCUUUCAAGAAUUAGAAACUAUCUGCAGCUUCUUGGGCGAAGGAUUGAUCAAAUUGUUAUUGACCAUGAGGAGGAUCCAUGUAAACAAGAAAGGAUGACAACCCGACUCUGGAACUAUGUCUCCACAUUCUCAAAUUUGUCAGGAGGCAAACUUCACCAGAUCUAUUCGAAACUGAAACAGGAGGGAAGUUCUUCCCACAUAAACACGAGAGGUGAGAGUCGAAUACUUAACAAGGGUGGUCUUGACACAGCAAAAUUCGAAGCAUGGAAAAGGAGGCGGCGAUCUGAAGGGGAGUUCCAUAGACCUUCCAAUAAUGGUAAUGGUACGGUUAUACCUGAUCCAAGUUCAGGUAUUCUUGGUCCACCGCCAUCUGAUUCAAACCGGCAGCGCCACCACCCUGGUUUUGGUCCAAGACCGGGUGUCAAGUAGAUUCAAAUAUAUUCUCUGGAUUUUUGCGAUCAGGGAAUGAUUUUUUUGCAGAUUCAUUUAGUUGUGACUGAAGCCGCGAAGCAUCUUCAGAAUGCAUUCAUAAGCAGUGUGAAAACUUUGCUUGAGAUGAAAACCUAAAGGACAAAGAGCAUAGGAUGGAAGUCUGUGUUUUUUGUUUGUUUCUUUAAAUAUAAAUGGAGGGAAGUUGGUUAAUUUUGUAUAUAAUGAAUGGUGGGGUAGUUGAAGGAUUUUAGAGAGCCCAUUUGAGAUAUAGGUCUAUGUAUUGCUCAUACCAAAUUGUACACUAUCUGGUUUUGAAAUCAUAGUAUUUUGCUAUGCUGACCUACUACUA